AUGCCUGAAGCAUCCCUCCCCUAUAUGCCGAAUACUGAAGCUAUCCGCAAACAGAUUUCACAUGUUAGACAUAAAGAUUUACCUUCCCAGCCACAAUCAUUAGAGGAUAUUGAUCUCGAUUCAGAGAUUUCAGCAUCCACCAGUGCUGAAAUAAAUCAUGACCAACUGCAGUACUUACGAAAGAAGAAAGUUAAAGUAUUAAGCGAAAAUGCUUGA